ACCCACCUGAGUGAGGCAAUGGUCCAGGAAGCAGAGAAAGAACAUGGCCCAAGGGCUCCCAUUGCCUGGGAGGAGCCAGACUGGGCCUUAUAAAGGGACCAGUCUUUGCCCAGAUGCACAGCACACUCAUCCUUCUCCUCAGUGACACCUCGUCAGCUCUGCUUCCUUGAAAACCAAGAUGAGCAGCAACACUCCAGUUGAGAAGUCCGUGAUGGACUUGAUCGACCUGUUCCACAAAUACACCAAACCUGAUGACAAGAUUGACAAGCAGGGCCUGCUGAAGAUGCUGAAGGAGAAUUUCCCCAACUUCCUCAAGGCCUGUGAUAAAAGGGGCAAAGAUUUCUUGGCCCACAUCUUUGAGGACCACGACAAGAACAAGGAUAAGAAGAUCGAUUUUUCCGAGUUCCUGACAGUGUUGGGAGUCAUAGCCACGGACUACCACAAUCAUAGCCACGGAGCCCCUCUUUGUUCUGGGGAUGAUCACCCCGCCCUGUCCCUGUGGAGGAGACUCAGCCUGUGUAAGCAUGUGCAUAUGUGCCCUGUGGGUGGUGUGAGAGCAUGAGCGUGCAUGUCCUGC